AUGGGUGUCCGGGUAAUACGGGUUGGUGGAGUAAAAAUUAUGAUGGAUGGAAUCCGUUCCCGAAUUUAUGGGAGGGAUUCACUAUCGCUGGAGGGGGUAGAGGGUUCAGAUCCCUUGGGGGCCGGAAUGGCUCAACCCUUGUUCUACGCUGCUCGACCAACGUCAAUGGUUGGUGGUGGUGUCUUGAGCGACAAUAGCAAUGAGACUAGCGCACAAUGGCAAACCGACAACGUCGGGAACGACAAUAGGAAUCGCCUUUGAGAUCCAUAGCAAUCCUCCCAACUUCCGCUCAAUGGCAGGAACUCCCACCUCCAACCAAGGACUCCUCAGAGGGUCUUCCGACCCGCUAUAUAAGAGAUCUCCCCAACAUCCUUCAGCUCUCCACACAACACUUCUCAAAGCAACUUCAAAACUUACUCCAGAAGAUAUAUCGAAACGUCUUCCAACGAAACCCCUAUCCACCACAAUUCAUUACCACUAUCACCUCACCAAAAGCAAAAAUGGGCAACUCCAACAGCACCGCCACCGAAGAACUUAACCGAAAGAUCACCAAUACCAACAAAAAGAUCAUCGCAACUUACCGCGGAUACGAAAAAGCCUUGGAAGAAAUGCAAGCCACCAUCGAGAGACUCCAAGAGCGAAUCGACCAGCGCAAAGAAUCCCAGGACCUGUUGUCCGCCUUACUCUGUAAGACAGUCCCCGCCAUCGACCUCGCCCAGAGGAGGAUUUCGAGGCUGGAGAGGUCAAGGAUCGGGGAUGUUGAUGAGUACGAAGUGAAAUAUGGUUUGGAUGGUGAUUCCGGGCCCGAGGGUGCUGGGACCGCCGGCUGUGAAAAGGAGUCGCUUUUUUCCGGGAUGUUGGCGGGGUCGGGGUCGCCGAGUUAUGGGCAUUUGUCGGAUCUCGAUUUGGGGUCUAUUUCUUGGGGUAGCGAGGACGCUCAAGAUCUCGGUCUGGGGUUGGCGCUGGCGCCGCCCAGGGAGGAGGGCUUCCGUGAGGGGCGGUGGGGGGGCUUUAUUGUUCGACUACUCCAGGACGUACAGGUGUGGAUGGUGGGUGAAGCGAGAAUCAUUCUUACAUAUUCCAUUAUUGCAUGGCUAUAUAACCGGUAUGGUUAAAGUUGAAUUAAAUCUGUUGAGGUAAA